AACGUCAAGUUAACAUUAACACGGUGACUUUAGACAUUUUGAGUUGAAGAGAAAUGCUGGAAACUCAUGGUUUCUGCUCGAUAACAAUUCGAGAUGGAUGCAUGUCGCUGCUCGAUAACUGGGGAAAUCUAGGGUUUCUUUCUGCUACACUCGUCUGUUUUACUCUUUCACUCACUGCUAAGUGACAACACAUCCAUUCCCCCCCCUUAUUUGCCCUAACGAAGUCAUCUCUCUCUCUGUUGAGCUAUCUCGCCAGUUAAGAAAUAGAUGGGACGCUAUCGGGGGGUUCCAAAUUCAGCAGACGAGGAUCCGGGUCAAAGUAGGUCAAAGAGAAAAAAAACUGCUUCAAGUGGAGAACAUUUAGAUUCUGUGACUACAGUUCAAGGAACAAAUGAAGGAAAAAGGGCUUUAUACCACUGCAAUUAUUGCAAUAAAGAUAUUUCUGGGAAGAUUCGUAUCAAGUGUGUAAAGUGUCCUGAUUUUGACCUAUGCGUUGAGUGCUUCUCUGUUGGGGCUGAGGUUACACCUCACAAGAGCAAUCAUCCUUACAGGGUUAUGGAUAAUUUGUCUUUCCCACUGAUUUGUCCAGAUUGGAAUGCAGACGAAGAGAUAUUACUACUAGAGGGAAUUGAAAUGUAUGGACUGGGUAACUGGGCAGAAGUUGCAGAACAUGUUGGUACAAAGAGCAAGGCACAAUGUAUUGACCACUAUACAACUGUGUACAUGAAUUCUCCAUGCUUUCCUCUCCCGGACAUGUCUCAUGUUGUUGGAAAGAAUAGAAAAGAGCUUCUUGCUAUGGCUAAAGGGCAUGGUGAGGGCAAGAAAGGAUUUCCUAUGUUUGGGGAACCUAUGAUAAAAGAAGAGUCUUCAUUCUCUCCUUCAAGAAUAAAGAUGGAAGAUUUAAGCAAAGAAGCUUCAACAGGCAUAUCCCCAUCUAGCCUAACUGCAGAUAUAGAUUCUGGUGUUGGUUCUAGCAAGACAAAUCCUUCAUCAACAGAUGCAGUUAAGAAAGCAUCAAGCGUGGCUCAGGUCAAGGACAAUCAUGAUCCUAUUAAAUUGGAAGCAGAUUCUCGAGUGGACAGGAGUGUUGGAGGGAAGAAACCUAAAACUUCAGUGGAUGAGGGACCUUCUAUUAUUGAGUUGAGUGGCUAUAAUCCCAAGAGACAGGAGUUUGAUCCUGAAUAUGAUAAUGAUGCUGAGCAAUCUCUAGCAGAAAUGGAAUUCAAGGAUAGUGAUACUGAAGCUGAGCGUGAACUUAAGCUGCGAGUUUUGCAUAUCUAUUUAAAAAGGCUUGAUGAGAGGAAGCGUAGGAAAGAUUUCAUACUGGAAAGGAAAUUACUUUAUCCUAACCCUUUGGAGAAGGAACUAUCACCUGAAGAGAAGGAAAUUUAUCAGCAGUACAAGGUUUUCAUGCGCUUUAUUUCCAAAGAAGAGUACGAGGAGUUGAUUAAGACUGUAAUUGAGGAACAUCGAGUACGAAAAAGAAUUCAAGAUCUUCAGGAAGCUCGAGCUGCAGGCAGCCAUACAUCAGCUGAUGCAGAUAAAUAUAUUGAACAGAAGAGGAAAAAGGUAGCUGAAGAAAGUGCCCAUAGAGCAAAAGAAGGUGCUUUGGCUGGUCCAAGUGGUAAAGUACUCCAAAAGACAAAUCGGCCCAAAGGAGAACCUGAUGGCAGCCCUUGUGGAGGUGUGAAAGGCUCAAUGGAAUUGGAGAGAGGUGGCAAAGAUUUGUUCACUUCAAUCUCCUCGGACGAAUGGGAUAUUACUUGUUUUCCUGGAUCAGAGCUACUUUCUGAACCUGACCUACGACUGUGCCGUGAAAUCAAGUUACUUCCUUCGCAUUAUCUCAAAAUGUUGGAGAUCAUCUCCGUGGAGAUUCACAGAAGUAACAUCACCCAGAAAUCUGAUGCUUAUCGCUUCUUUAAGGUUGAAUCAAGAAAAGUUGAUAGAGUUUAUGAUGCCCUUGUAAGAAAAGGUCUAGCUCAACCGCAUCCUUGAUGAUAUUCUCGUUCUCUCUUUCUUUCUUUCUUUCUUUUCGGUAAAUUCGUUCUUUCAUUUCUUGGAAUGUAAGAUUAAUGUGAACUGGUUAUAUACAAGCAAAGUUCAUAGAGUUAAUGAAUAAUCUUCUUCGGUCUUGUCCUGCCAAUAUGAUUAAA